AUGGGCGAGCCGCAACACCUCAAGUUUCCCAUCCUCUCGUUGGCCCAGAAUGUCUUCAACAUUGCCUCGCCCUCGACCGACCAGCAGACCAAGCAGACCUCGGUAAAGAUCCUGCAAGAUGACAUUCGAGAACACAAGAUGGCACCACUCUAUGUCUACCUCGCACAUCCUCAGACUGGCAAGCUGAACGCUACGGGAGAGGGAAGCGCUGUGCUUUCGCCUACCAUCAGCAGAGCCAAUACCAACUCGUCUGCGCCUUCACCCAUGCACAUGCUGCGGCGGACGAGCAGUAUCAAUGCUCCAUCGAUAGUAGGCGUCUUAGGUGGCAACAAGGAUACUAGCGUCGAGCUGCCUUGGGAUGAGGCACUAUACGAGAGCUUGCGCAAAGAUAAUGAGACAGAGCUGGCUGCCAUCCAGAAGGAGGAGGAUGAUGCACAAGAGCAAGCAGGAGAAACGGAAGUGCAGACUGCACGAGGAAAGAGGGCGGAGUUCUACGCGCGUGUUGGUGAUAAGGACAAGGCGCUGGAUGAGUUCGAGAAGCUGUUGGAGAAGACGAGCAUUCUUGGCACCAAGAUCGACAUCGUUCUAUCCAUUAUUCGCAUUGGCUUGUUCUUCGACGACAAAAUGCUGGUCAAGAAGAAUGUCGAUCGAGCUCAGCAGUUGGUGGAGAGCGGCGGUGACUGGGAUCGACGAAACCGCUUAAAGGCCUACCAAGGUCUGCAUCUUCUGACCAUUCGCCAUCACCACAUCGCCGCGCCUCUGCUUCUCGACUCCCUCUCCACGUUCACAUCUACAGAGCUCUGCUCCUACAGUGAGCUCGUCGUUUACGCUACUCUCGCGGGUGCUGUGUCGCUCCCACGUCGGGACUUCAAGUCCAAGGUGGUGGAUGCCCCUGAGGUGAGAGCUGUCUUCGGCAGCGAAUCUGACUCUGACAGACUGGCGGCACUUGGUGGUGCUGCAUCAGCAGGAGCAGAGGCAUUGGAUGGCGACGAAAUGGCGACCGACGACUCUUCUGCAACCCCAAGACCAAUUGCCGUGAACCUCACCACUCUUGCUUCAGGCUCAGCAUCCGCCGAUGCUCAAGCGAAGGCCGAGCCCAAAGUCGACUUCCGACCCCUGGCGAAUAUGAUCCAGAGCCUCUACUCUGGCAACUACUCCAGCUUUUUCACCGCGAUGGCAUCAGUCGAGCAGAACUUCCUGGCCAAGGACCGGUAUCUGUACGAACACAAGAGCUGGUUCGUAAGAGAGAUGCGGUUGCGGGCAUAUGCACAGUUGCUUCAGAGCUACAAGGUUGUGGGAUUGGAGAGCAUGGCCAAUAGCUUCGGUGUGAGCGUGGAUUGGCUGGACAAAGACCUCGCGCCGUUCAUUGCCAGUCAGAGACUACCAUGCACAAUUGACCGAGUUCGCGGCAUCAUCGAGACACAGCGUGCGGAUGACAAGAACAAGCAGUAAGUGACUGUCCAUGUGAGAUUGUAGACAGCGCUAACAUGAAUCAGGUACAAUGAUGUCGUCAAACAAGGCGAUCAACUCAUCACCAAGCUGCAGAAGUACGGCCAGGUCGUCCGUCUGCGAGGCAGCGAGCGCAGUUAG